GCUGGCAGAUAGCAAAAUCUCUACCUCUGAAGAGCAAAGAUGGAGACAUUACAGCAGAGAAAAGGGACAAUGUUAAUACAUGUGGAAUGGCAUCAAAGCCAGACGUGGAGAUAAAGGUGGAUGGUGCAGAAGAAGGAAAGGAGGAGGAGCUUCUUUCUACAGUGUCUUGGGACCAGCCUAAAAGUGUGCGACUAACGCGAGCACCAGGUCAGUCCCUAGGUAUCAGCAUAAUGGGAGGUAGAGGCAUGGGCCGAAGACUGAGCAGCGGUGAGAUGAUGAGGGGAGUCUUCAUCAAGAACAUCAGCCCAGACAGCCCGGCAGCACGUAAUGGGACCCUACGGGCUGGAGACAGGAUACUGGAGGUAUGUGGUGUGGACCUGAGAAGUGCCAGCCAUGAGCAAGCAGUGGAGGCCAUCCGCAGAGCUGGAGACACUGUGACCUUUCUAGUGCAGUCUGGACAAGACAGAUCUCAGUCUCCUGCUCUCAUCAACCAUGAAAGACUAACUCCAACACUGCUGUCCAACUCACACAGCAGCAGGGUACCUUCACCAGCAUCCGAUAGAAUGGAUCAGAGAAGCCCUACGAAUUUCACAACACCAGUCACAGGAGCAGUUGAAGAUGCUGACGACUCUGGCAGAAAAAAGAUGCUUCAGCGUUAUGGCAGUCUGUCUGGAAAGCUCCAAAUGAUUGAGCUAGAGAAGGACCCUGCAGCUCGCGGCCUGGGAAUCAGCCUCACGGGCAACAAGGAUGGCUCUAGGGCCCGUAUGGGUGUCUAUGUGGCAGCUAUAGACCCUCUAGGCCCCGCCGGUUUAGAUGGGAGGAUACAGAUCGGGGAUGAGCUUCUAGAGAUUAACGGUCAGAUUUUGUACGGCCGGAGUCACCAGAAUGCCUCCGCCAUCAUCAGUAAUGCUCCAUGUAAAGUCAAGAUCAUUCUCAUCAGAAAUAAAGCAGCUCUAGGUGAAACGGUCCAGGGACUCAGGAAAGACUGUGAGGACACGAUCGACUCCCAGACUGAUACUGGAGGCUGUGGACAAAUCUCCAGUGACAUUGAACACAUUAUUCUACCUCAGGAUUAUGCAGGUCUUGGCCUUUGCUUGGAAGAGGACAACUCUAAGGGAGGAUUGGUGGUCACGUCCCUGAUCCAGCACGGCACUGCCAGCAAGGAUGGCAGGAUAAAGGUUGGAGACAGAAUCGUAGCAGUGGGUGAUGAACCCGUGGCUGGACUGUCAGUAAAAAAGGUGUCCAGUUUGAUUCUCAAACACCGGGUCACUGUCAAGCUCUCCAUCAACCGUUCCAAGAGUCUCUCCUCCUCCUCCUCUUCUUCUCUCAAUCUCCCUGCAUCACUCUCCAGUCCCCGCUCACUCACUCCAGUGUCCUCUCUAAGCCUUCCUGUUGCCUCCUCCUCCUCUUCGUCUCUAAAACCCAUGCAGACCUCUCCAGUGGAACAGUCUGAUUGGCCAGGAUCAGCUCCCACAACUUCCGACCCUGUCAGCUAUCCAAUUGUUGCAGGAAAGGAAACUACCAUAGAGAUUUAUAAAGGAAACGUAGGCCUGGGUCUCAGCAUUGUAGGUGGAUGUGACACUCUGCUGGGGGCAGUAAUAAUCCAUGAAGUGAACGAUGGAGGAGCAGCACAGAGAGAUGGUAGACUGCAGGCUGGAGAUCAGAUAUUAGAGGUAAAUGGCAUAGAUAUGCGGCAGGCCAGUCAUGACGAAGCUAUUGCCGUGCUACGGCUCACCACCCAGCGUGUCCAGCUGUGCGUCUUCAGGCACCAGGAAUCCUACAGGGAGGAGGACCUGUGGGAUGUGUUCAGCCUGGAGCUGAGGCCUCGUCCUGGAGAAGGACUGGGCUUCACUACUGUGGGGAAGAGUAAUGACACUGGCAUCUUUGUGUCAGAUAUCAUCAGAGGAGGUGUAGCAGAUUCGGAUGGCAGGUUGUUGCUAGGUGACCAGAUUCUGUCAAUCAAUGGGGAAGACGUGCGUGCAGCAUCACAGGAGCGUGCACACACGCUUCUGCAGAGUUGCAGUGGAGGGGUCCACCUGGAGGUGGCUCGUUUUAAAGCUGGGGUGCAGUACACACUGCGGAGUCAGGAGUACCUUAAGUUGUGUUUUAUCCAGAGCGAAGACUCUGACUGCUCCACGCUUACACCCUCAAGUGUAUGCGAUGGUUCUUUUGGCCACCAGAGGGAGACAGAUAACAAAAUAGAGAGCUACACAUUCAAAGACUCUGACAUCAGAAAAGUGAUAAUAAAAAAGGGUCCAUACGACUCCUUGGGCAUCAGCGUAGCUGGAGGAGUGGGCAGUCCCCAUGGCAACCUUCCUCUUUUUAUUGCUACCAUGGAUACCAAUGGACUUGCUGCCAAAACACAGAAAUUACAGACGGGAGACAGGAUCCUCAGUAUCAAUGAUGUUUCCACUGAGGGAAUGACUCAUGUCCAUGCUGAAGCCCUGCUCAAGAACACCACUGGAACCAUCAUUUUGCAGGUGGCAGCAGCUUCUCAGGGAUGCAGCACACAGGGUAACAGCGAUGUGCGUGCAUGGUCAUUAGGCCAGCCGAGCAGCCUGCCCUGCUUUCACAACAGUCUCUGCGCUCGCAUGUAUAAGACCAUCACUCUGGAGAGAGGCUCCUCAGGUCUCGGCUUCAGCAUUGUAGGAGGUUUUGGCAGCCCUCAUGGAGACCUGCCUAUCUACAUCAAAACUGUCUUUGACAAGGGUGCAGCCAUUGAGGAUGGCAGGCUGAAACGUGGCGAUCAGAUAAUUGCUGUUAAUGGACACUGCCUGGAAGGUGUGACCCACGCUGAAGCUGUGGACAUCCUGAAAAAGACCAAAGGAACUGUCGUCCUCACCGUGCUCUCAUGAGACAACUGCCCACUGUACCUCAAUUUAAUGACAUCUUCCUAAAACAGCUUUGGAGGGCUGUGGUUGUUUCCUAUAAAGCUGUAGAGUGAUUCUCCUCUUGUAGAGGGCACUCUACAUGUCAAAACAAUACAUAUAAUUAUAAGAAGAGUAUUUAAGUCUAAAUUAAAUUGCAUUUAAUUUGUGAACUCUACCUCCAACUGCAAACACAGCUUUGUUGUAUUUACACUCAGUAUUUAAAAAUAUAGUAGAGCAUGUCCAGUUAAAUCCAGUUGAGGAGCCGGGUAUUGGGCCGCCAAGGCCUCCAUCUUGGGCUUUGGGGAUUGGAUGCCUGAGUCCAGUCUGAGUCCCUUCAGAAUGACCACUAAGCUCAGUCAUUCUGGAGGGACUCAGAGUAGAGACGCUACUCCUCCAGUCCAGAAGGCCUAGAAUGCCCUCUAGGUGGGGCUUUUUGUGGCAUGUCUAACUGGCAGGAGACCCCCAGGGUGGACGCAGGACACACUAGAGAGAUUUUAUGCCUUAGGUGGCUUAGGAAAGCCCCAACAAGAGCUGGAGAAAGAAAUUGCUAAGGAGCCCCUGAGACCCUGACCCAGAUGAGCGGAGGAAAAUGGUUGGAUGGAUAGUUUAGCAUUGUUGUGCAUUAUUUUUCAUGUAAACACACUCAUCAAUACAUUACGUGUUCAUACUAAUAUAUAAAAUUGAAGCCUCAAUUGACAGCAGCCUAGUGCUGGAUUUUGAUUAUUACUUUAACAAACAAAUACUCCUAAAACUCAAAAUAUGCCAACUGCUUCUGCCAAUCUUUUGUAUGGCAAUAGGAUGUCUGCUUUGAAAGACUGUUGUACUUUUCAUUGUUGUGUUCGAAUAAUUAAAAGUGUGUCAUGAUUUCAUGAAUAUUGAAUGUCUUAAGUGGCAUGUUGAUAAUUAGCAAUGAUAACCACCUUAUGUUAAACGGGACAGAGAAUAGGAAAAAAUGCAUUUUGCUGCAUCUGUUAGAAGCAGCUGCUGAGUAUCGACUGUUAUUUACCAGUGUAGUAUUAAUCAGUGUUUUCAUAGUCUUCAACUGUAGCAGCUGUUUUUUUAGGACUUGAUUGUUGAUGUUAAUAGUUCAGUGUGAAAUUAGACACCGUCUCCAUUUUAUAUGAAUUUAUUUACCUGACUUCACAUGGCUGUGAUACUUAUGUUUUCGUCGCUGUAAUUAAUUUCAUUAAUAUAAGAAGUCGCUUCACACUUACAUACACACAUGGAUGCACACACUCGUUUUCAUAUCUUAGUGAGGACAUCUAAUUGACACAAUGUUUUCCCUAGCUGCUUACCCUAACCCUAACCAUCAAAAAUGAAUGCCUAACCUUGACCAUUUGUAUUGGUCCUCACAAAGAUAUAUAAACAUGGUACACACGCACUGGUAUUGUGUAACCAAAUGUUCUGUAAGUGAUCUUAUUAAAUGUUAUUUGUUAAAGUUUUGUAUCCAAAACCUUUUGAA